AAUGUGCAUUUUGUUUUAGGACCUUUGAUUUAUAUUGUGUACUCAAAAGACCUGGUCAUUUGUUCCGCACCAACCCUCACUAGCUAGGCAUUUAACCGGACACUAAACAAUAGCAAAAACUCAGAAGAUGGAGUCUUCACCAAGGCUGCAACUACAUAUAUAAACCAGAGCAGCCAUUGCAAACACUCAAGAGUACAACUCAUUCACAAUAUCAUGGAUUCCCCAAAUGUCAAAUACAUCUCAGAAUGCUUUAUCCAACCUCACAGUGCUUCCGAAGAAUCAAAAAAGCCCUUUUAUUUGGCCCCCUUUGACCUCGCUAUGCUCUCCGCUCACUAUAUCCAGAAAGGACUCCUCUUCACCAAACCUCCCGAAGCUAAUAACAACCCCAAUUUUCUCCAAACCCUUUUGGCCAAACUGAAGCACUCUCUUUCCCUCGCACUCGUUCACUUCUACCCUCUCGCCGGCCGCCUUGUCACCAAGAAAGAACAAGAUCCUCAUUUAUAUUUGGUCUAUGUGGACUGCAGCAACAGCCCCGGAGCCAAGUUCAUCCAUGCUUCUCUUGACAUGUCCAUCUCCCACAUUCUCUCCCCAACUGAUGUGCCUCUGGUGGUUCAGUCCUUCUUUGAUCACGACAGGGCAGUCAACCACGACGGCCACACCACGUCGCUGCUGACGGUUCAAGUCACGGAGCUGGUGGACGGCGUUUUCAUUGGGAUGUCAAUGAACCACGCUCUCGGUGACGGAACAUCAUACUGGCAUUUCUUCAACACUUGGUCUGAAAUAUUCAGAGCAGAAGAGAAUAACAUCACUCUUUCUGAGAUCUCACGCCCUCCGGUUUUGGAGCGGUGGUUCCCAUACGGGCUUGGUCCGAUUUUCAGCCUCCCUUACACAAACCCUGAUGAAUUCAUUGAAAGAUUUGAAGCUCCGGAGCUGAGGGAGAGAAUUUUUCACUUCUCCUCAGAAUCCAUAGCCAAAAUCAAAUCAAAGGCCAAUUCAGAGUGUAGGACCAGCAAAAUCUCCUCUUUCCAGGCCUUGUCUGCUCUUCUCUGGCGGUCGCUUACACGAGCGCGUGGUUUUGCACCAAAUCAAGAAACCAGCUGCAGAUUGGCUGCAAAUAACAGAGCAAGAAUCAACCCGCCGUUGUCUCCUAAUUACUUUGGGAAUUCUAUUCACCCGGUGAAAUCACAACCUGUGAAAGCAGGGGAGUUGCUUGAAAAUGGGCUUGGAUGGGCAGCGUGGAAGUUACACGAGACUGUGGUGAACCACAACGACAAAUGGAUCCGUCAAUCCAUUGAUGCGUGGUUAAAGUCUCCGGCAGUAUACCAAUUGAGUCGGACUUUUGACCCGCACAGUAUAAUGAUGGGGAGUGGUCCGAGAUUUGAUAUGUAUGGAAAUGAAUUUGGGAUGGGAAAAGCUGUGGCGCUACGAAGUGGGUAUGCCAAUAAGUUCAUUGGGAAAGUGACGUCGUAUUCGGGACGUGAAGCAGGAAGCAUCGACUUGGAGGUGUGUCUUCCUCCGGCUGCAAUGAGGGCUCUUGAAUCUGAUGUAGAGUUCAUGGAAGCUGCCUCUGUACCAAGUUAUGAUUAGUCAAACUUGUUUGAAGUUUGAACUUUGAAGUAUUGUAGCAAGAUCCAGAAGAAUGAUGUUUGCCAUCUUUUUUUCUUU